AUGGCUUCCUUGUCUAUAGUCGCAGCAAAGCCCAUCAUCAGCCAUGCGCCAUUGUCGUCCAUGGCGAGGCGAGGUGGGUCGCAGCCUCCAGAUAGUAGCACUCCCAACCUCAGCGCUCCGCAGCUGAGCGGGCGCCCUCUCUCCAAACACAACCGCGACAAUCGUCCCCAGAUUCUGCGCGCCGUGCGGCCGUUCACUCAAACGGUCAGCUCACAAAAGAGCCUUCACAAGAAUCGCAAAAUGGAACAGAUCGCCUGGGGCGACGGCACGUGCGCCGACCCACUUCCUCUCCUCGCCAGCGAGAUGAACCUUCGCCAGCCGCCGGCCUCCACGCCCGCCGCCAUUGAAUGGCUGCUCCUUCGCGCGCAGGGCCUGUCGCCCGUUCUCGACGAACUGGACUUCGCGUGGUCGUACUCACGUAAGCGCACGGCGCCUCCGCGAUCCCCGGCUGCGUACCUGUCCGCGUUUGAGCGGGAACUCCGCCGCGAGGCCCUUUACGCGGAGAUCCAGCAGCUUGAGACGAUGCUUCGCCCGCAGUGCAUCUUGCCCAGGCAUGAGCAACAGCAAGCCGGAGCGACUGUCUAUCCCCGUUGCAAUUGGCCUCGACAAGGAUCAAUUUUGCGUUCCACACCUGCACCAGUCGAAACCGCGGCGAUUGCUCUGGCCAUGCUCGCUGUGACCGAGGCUGCUUCCCCCGCCGCCUUUGCAAGGUGCGAGUGGCCGCGCGCAGUUGCCGUCGCUGCGGCUGGCGCGCGCUGUGAGUGGCCUCGCAAGGCUUCCGCUGCGCAUCCUACUUUCGCCUCUCGCGCCGAAUCCCCUGCUCUCGCCGCCCGUUGCGCCUGGCCACGCUCUUCACCCGCCGCCUCCACCGGUCCCCUCUGCGCCUGGCCCCGACCGACAGCUCUCUCCGCACUUCCCGGCCGCUACCCCGCCCCCACCGCCGCAACCAUCGGCGCGCACUGCGCGUGGCCGCACAAAUCAUCAUCGGCUGCAGCGGAGGCUGCUCGGUGUCUGUGGCCGCGCGCUGCAUCCCCGCCACUUGCGGCAGCUACUACUACCCCAGGCGCCCGCUGCAACUGGCCUCGCGCAGCCAGCGCUGUCGCUUCCGCGGAGACGGCGCCUGUUGAGCGCCCAAGGCAUACGGAGGCGAUCCAACGGUCAGCUGCUGCGGAGGAGCUUCAUGGCGAUAUGCUUCCGCAGAUCGCGCGGGAGGCCAAGCUGGAAGCGGCCGGUCGCGUUUUUGAAAGGCGGCGCGUGAGGGCCAUCACUCUUGGUGCGUAA